AUGAGUUUAAAACUGGAGGUGGAUGUCUUGGCCACCAUAAAUAAUGCUGCAGUGAACAUAGGAGAAUCAGCAACAUGGCAGAAAACCAAAAUCAAGACCAAAAUCAAGAACUAUGGGACUGCUCCUUUUGACAGCCGCUUCCCCAACCAGAACUGGACCAGGAACUAAUAGCAGAACUACCUGGUUCACUGCUGUGAGCAGGCAACAACUGCUAAAGGGGGUGAUGCCUGCGUGUGUGAAUGGUGCCGGCGUGUGUACAAGUCCCUGUGCCCAAUAUUCUGGGUUUCGGUCUGGGAUGACCGCUGGGGAGAAGGCACAUUUCCUGGGCAGGUCUGAACUGAAUGCACCCCUGUCCUCUGCCAUCCAUCCUUCUCCCAGGAAGGUGAGGGGGGACCUGGGAAUGUCCCACUCUA